AUGCAACGCUGCCGACCGCGGAGAGCACCGAGGUUCCCGGAGCUUUGGAGGGAGUCGCGGGCGGGCGCGGGCGGAGGCUGGGGGACCACACGCCUCGGACCCGGGGUCCCCUCCCCCUCGCCUCCCUCCGCCCCCCACCCCCGGCUGCGAGGCGCGCCGCCGCCGCCCUUUCCCGAGCCCACAGACACCCCCAGCUGCACCCCGGGCCAUUCCCUGCGCGCCCCCACCCUGCAACGCCCUCAGGAGCAAAACACGGAGGUAGACAGCCCCGCGAGCGCGGUGACGUCAGCGCUGCGCUGCGGCCACUGGGCGGGGGACCGGGACAGGCUCAAGGAAGGGCACAGGCUCGCGUGCAGCGCAGCUCGGCGGGCGCUGCUCUCCGGCUUGGCUGGCUCCGCGCGGCUCAGCUCCCGGCUCCCCUCUCAGUAUGAUGCUUUUUCAUCAGCGUUAUCCUGUAUUCUGCACCAGUUUGCCAAAGCGGGCGCACCCACGCCUGUAAGCCCGCCGCCCUCCGCGACCUUCUCUUCCCGGAUUGGCAGGCGGCUAGCGGCGGUGAGGCGGGCGCCUAAAUCCGGGUCCUUAGACGUUCGUCCGGGACGCCGCGCUCGCCGUCCAGCCGCGCUUCCCUCACACCUGCUGGCAUGCGUGUGGGCGCCCGCGCAGGUUCUUAAAAUGAAGAAGUUGAAUUUCCGAAAAGUUUUGGAUGGCUUGACUGCCUCCUCACCGGGCAGUGGCAGCAGCAGCGGCAGUAACAGCGGUGGGACUGGUACUGGUCCCUUGCAUCCAGGAGGGACAGCUGGAGUUCUGAGAGAGGAGAUUCAGGAAACCUUGACUUCAGAAUAUUUCCAGAUUUGUAAGGAAUACCAGGUUGAAUCAAUAAUCAAAAUUGCUACACAUAUUUUUUGUGAGUGGAACAUCUAUACUUGUGUGAGCUGUUCAGUGAGAAUCUGUAACCCACAGGACAGGCGGAGAGGUCAGCUAAGAAACAGCAGAAAACAGAAGACAAGACUGCAGUGAUAGACAAAGGUGGAUAUCAAGCCAAAUGCAACAGCACUGCAUGCUGUCGGGCAACAGCAAAGGAUCCCUUUGCAUGCAAAAAGAAAGUUGCACAAUAUGAAGGAAGCAGUAAAAAUGAAAUGAAGUAGAAGAGACAUGCAGAAAGAAAAAUGCUCUCGGAUAUGUCACAAUCAUCUUGAUUCUUUACCUGGAAAACCUGUAUUUUUUCCUUUGUAAUUAUCUAAUAUACUUUGUGUCAAAGAACAAGGACCUGAGUUCCACUUAAAGAAGAUGAAGAAGUUAACAGAUACCGUUCUCGGGUUUUAUCAUGAAAUUAGAAAUGAAAAUUUUCAGUUUCUAGUAGUCAUGAACAGAGAGCCUCAGGUAAGCCCGAGAGUGCAGGCAGACAGUCAGGAUGCUCCUGCGCAGGCUCCUCAGGUGCAGCUGUGCUGGUGGGAAAAAUCAUGCUGUUUAGCCUAACGAGGCAAAACAGAAUAAAGGCCAAGGUAAUUCAGUAGAGAGGGUCUUAAAUGCACAGCUGUGUCAGCUGCUGUCUCCUUCCCACCUGGUCUUCAUUUUUUCUCUGUGUAAUCUGUUUGCUUCCCUACUGGGCCUGCUAACAUUAUCUGAUUCCAGGCCAAACUGAUAAUAUUUGUUAUGAGGCCUGCCAAAAUUAAUAAAAUUUGAGUUCAUCAUCUUGGUGUUCCCUGAACUAAAGUUAACUACCUGUGUCAAAUCCUAAAGUCCACUUGUUACACCAGCAUCAGGCUAAGAUGUAAAUCUUCAUUUGAACUAAGGAACAGCUGCACUCCUCUUGAAACGCUACAUGCACAGAGAGAUGUUUGUUUGUAAGUGGAUACAAUAGACAGAGUGCCUAUUGGUGUUUUAAAAGCCAAAACCUGGAAUACUUUUCUGUUGACUUCACAUAUGGAGAAAAUUAUGGUGUAAAAUGUAGACAAGAAUAAAAUAAUACCAAGAUGAGUAAGUCCAUUAAAAAUGUAGAUGAGCAAAUGACUUUAGCGUUAUUAAUGCUGAUUGGGAAUUUGACUGGCCAAAUGAGCAUGUUUAUACUUGGGACCAAUUAAAAGGCUUACCAUUUUAAUCACUGGCAGAACUGGACAUUCAGUGUUUUCCUGGAUGACAAGAAUUUUCUUUUGUUGUUUUUUCAGUUUGGCUUUGUUUUGGUCUAGCAACUGCACCAGAGUGUCCUCAGUGUAGAGAAGAUAACAAUACACUACCACAGUGUUAGUAACAAUAUCUUGUUACUAACAUUUAGUAACAGUAUCUCAGAGUCUCUCUACAGCUUGAGGGGAAAACAUUGCUGCCAUUCCUACCCUGAGGAAAA